AUGCCCUCAUUUUUGUUUUCAGUGGGACUGAACAAGUUCGCUCGUUUGGCACGAUCCGUAACGCGUAACAGGACGCUGCUCCAACAGCAUCAACAACAACAGCAACAGGUGCCCUCAACAUCGCAGACACCUGUCAUUCCUACGAUCACGACGACUGCCUCGCGGGAAUUCGACCAUACUGCAGCCCAUGGCACAGCACAUACGCCGACGCAUGAACCGGGAUCGGCCUUCUUCGCGGGCGUCGAUGCUGAAGCUGGUCUGUUUGGAAAGGCCCUGGAGUCCCGCCAGGAUGUGGAAAAGGUAGAAACAUAG